AUGGCUGAGCUUACACAGCUUGAACGAAAGCUACACAGCUAUCAGGUCAUCCUCUGGUAUGCGCCGGCCUUCCCGCCGCGGCUGAAACAAACCUUCGAACUGGAUUGGGGCGCAACACAAGGCCAGCCGGACGCCGUGAGCAAGAGCAGCGUGUACAGAGAGUACGUCGACAUGUGCCGCAGGGAGGGCCGACCGGCCCUGUUCACGCGCGCCGUCGUGGGCAAGAUGGUCAAGCGCGCCUUCCCCGACGUGCGCACCAAGCGCAGCGGCCCGCGCCACAGCGUCACUCAGUACUACCUCGGCCUGCGUCGCUCCGUCAUGACCUAUGACCCCCGACCGGUCCCAGCCGCGGGCUGCAGCGACGACGCGCUCGCUGUGCCUCCGGUCAAGGAGGAAGUUGGCGUUAGCGACGUACUUGACCGCGAUCCCGGGUCGUCGGGCUCGUGCGAGUGGAGCGUCGCCAACCCCUCCACAGACCCACAGCAACAACAAGACAUGGCCGGCCACGACGACUGGAAGGACCUCGAGAGGCAGUGGGACUCGACCUUCACCCAGCGAGUGGUGACCACAACAACGCUGGACCGCUGGACGACGUCGGCCGUGGCAACACCGUCUGCGGCGGGAGACGACGAGGACCUCGACCGACUGCUGGCCUGGGCCGACACUUUGGCGGCCCAAGACGAGGACGCGCUGCUGUUGCUCGCGCCGGACGUGUGCCCCAGCCACUCCCCGUCUUGGUGA